AUGCCCUACCUACCAGCAGACAUCACAAACCUAAAGGCAAAGUACCAUAGAGAAAGCAAGUUGGCUGACAUAGAAGCCACGAUAGCCUACUUCGAUGAGAAAGAGAAAGAAGAUCAAGAUUUCUUCUACAGGAUAAGAUUGGACGAUGAGGACCGUGUCAGGAACAUGUAUUGGGUGGAUGGAAUAAAUAACCACAAUCAGUCAUUGCAAUUCGGAUGCGGGCUCGUUCGGAACAAAGACACGGAUGGGUACGUUUGGCUGUUCAAGACCUUCUUGGAGUGCAUGGGUGGACUUGCUCAGAUGAACAUAAUAACAGACCAGGAUUUUAGCAUGCAUGCAGGCAUAGAGGAGGUCUUUCCGUUGGCAGUGCACAGGCACUGCAUGUGGCGCAUUAUAAAGAAGGCUGAGGAGACACUAGGACCAUUCUUUGCUGACCGUCCAGACCUGCACAAGGCAUUCGAGUUGUACGUGGACCACUACUUGACAGUGGAGGAGUUUGAAAGGAGCUGGAUGGCUAUGAUUGAAACAUAUCAAGUCCAAGACCACGAGACGCUUGCUAGCUUGUGGGAGAAGCGAAUGUACUGGGUGCCAGCCUACUUCAUGCAGUGCUUCUUCCCGUUUCUGCAGACUACACAGCGCAGUGAGGGGUUCAAUGCUGUUUUGAAGCGGUACGUGAGCCCUGACAACUCAUUGCUACAGUUUGCCAAGCAGUACACCGUGCAACAAAAAAUACUGGGAUCCGAGCUACAGCAAGAAGCAAACACCGCGCUCAAGCAGCCAAAAUUGCUAACGUAUUUACCAAUGGAGAGGCAGAUGAGCAAGAUAUACACCAACACGAUUUUUAACAAGUAA